CAGAACCUCACAUGCGUACUGAUAAGAGCGAACGCACUCUUGCGGAUUUCGUAGGAGUGGAUGAGGGCACGGAGUAUAAUACCACUAUAUAAAUACAUACGUCGCGCCUCCGCCGAGACUCUCGCCGAAACCGCACCAAGCACGGUUGGCCUGCGCACGCGACUCCCAGCCCGACUACGCAAAUAAAUACACGAAAUAAUGAAUAACGCUGAACUGUACACGAAAAACAACGCGUUACAGAAAAAGGAUACAUUAGAGUGCCUCGAAGAAUUUGCAGCGAUAAUUAAGUGGAAAAAAUACGGUGCCAAAAUCAUUGACAUAGGUUGCGGGGAUGGAAGUACUACUACUGAGAUACUGAAGUCCUUUCUUCCUGAAGACGUGGACGCGAUAGUUGGUGGAGAUUUGAGUGAGAAGAUGGUGAAUUAUGCGAACGAACACUACGGGGGAGAGCGGACGGUGUUCAUCCCGCUGGACAUCCAGGGUCGGCUGCCGGCCGAGCUGGGCGGCCGCUUCGACCACGCCUUUUCCUUCUUCACGCUGCACUGGAUUAAAAGGCAAAAGACGGCGUUCAGCAACAUAUACCGGCUGCUGGACGAGGGCGGCAGCUGCUUGCUCCUGUUCCUGGGCCACAUGCCCAUAUACGACGUGUUCCGCGUGCUGGCGCGCCGCGACCGGUGGAGCGCGUAUUUGAACAACGUCGACAGUUUCACCUCACCCUACCACGAUUCUCAGGAUCCAGAAAACGAAGUCAAAACGCUUAUGACGCGAAUCGGCUUCAAAAACGUGGAAGUUAGACACCAGGACAAAUUCUUCACAUUCAGUAGCCUGGAUAAUUGUAAAAAAGCCGUGAAAGCCGUAACACCGUUCAACAUUCCCGAGGAGCUGUGGCCAGAGUACCUGAGCGACUACCUGCAGGUCGUGCGCGACAUGCACAUGAUGGACGUCAACAACAAUCAACACGAGUCCAUCAAGUGCCACUACAAGGUCAUCGUGGCCAUGGGUACUAAAUGAUCGCUCGACACAACUGCUGCGCAUUGUCGUAGGCUAGUUGACUGAC